AUGAAAGAAAAUAGAAGAAUAUUGGUAUUAUAUGGUAGCCAGACCUUUACAGCUAAGGAAAUGGCUGAAAGAAUAUGGAGGAUGACAAAAGUAUUAGAAUUUAAAGGUCCAGUACAAGCUUUCGAUGAAUAUCCUAUAUCGAAACUAAUUCACGAAGAAUUUGCUAUGUUUGUAUGUGCUACAACUGGACAAGGGGACGAGCCGGAUAAUAUGAAAAAGUUUUGGAAGUUUUUACUGCGAAAAAACUUACCUUCGACCUCUUUAGUAAAGUUAAAGUAUGGAGUGAUAGGUUUGGGUGAUUCAUCUUAUGCAAAAUUUAAUUUCGUUGGUAAAAAACUCCAUAAACGUCUGAUGCAACUAGGAGCUACACCGCUACUUGAUAUUGGCCUUUGUGAUUAUCAACAUGAUCUGGGUCAUGAUGCCGUAUUAACACCUUGGCUAAAAAAUUUCUUCACUAUACUCCAGACUUAUUACCCAAACCUUAAAACUGAGGAACUGACUGCUACCUUCGUGCCUAGAUGGAAAGUAUCUAUUCUGAAAAAUAUGGAUGAAAACCCUAAAAAAACUAUAAGUAAUGAUAUUUAUUAUUCAGGAGGACAGAAAGAUACUUUUGUUGACAGUUUAUUAUUAGAAAUAGAGGAAAAUCAGAGGACUACAGAUGAGAAUCAUUUUCAGGAUGUGCGACUUAUCACAUUAAAAGCUACUGAUACAAUUUUAGAUUAUAAACCUGGGGAUAUUUUUAAUAUUAGACCUCGAAAUAGUGAAGAAGAUGUGUUUGAUCUAUUUAAUAUAUUUGAAAUGCAUAACAUUGAUAUUAAACCUCAUUACAAAUUGCUUGUAGAAGAAUAUCAUGAGGACAUGCCGGUGCCAGAGUUUUUAAAGACCCCCUUGACGAUGUACGAUAUUGCUGAACAAUACUGGGACCUGAGGGCAUAUCCCACACCAUAUUUUUUCUCUCUUCUCGCACUAGUGUCCGAAGACAAGUUGGAGAGAGACAAAUGCAUAGAGCUCAGUACCCCUGAAGGGCAAGAGGACUGGUUGAACUACUGUCGAAGACCAAGAAGAACAGUUCUUGAGGUUCUCCACGACUUUCACAAAUCCGCAUCGAAGCUCACUAUACAAAUAAUAUUCGAACUAUUCUCCAGUAUAAAAGCUCGGUCGUUUUCUAUAGCGAGCAGUUGUCUACCCAACAAUGGUAAUAAAAUAGUUCUACUGGUGGCAGUGGUGAGAUAUUACACCAAGUUGAAGCGGGAGAGGCUCGGGCUGGCCUCCAACUGGCUGAAGAAUUUGAACGUUGGCGAUAGAGUGUACGGGUGGAUUAAGAAAGGGAGCUUGGUUUUCCCUGAUCAUACCAUUCCUCACAUCCUGGUUGGGCCGGGCACUGGACUUGCGCCCUUCAGGAGUUUACUACAAGAGCGAAAUUAUCUAAACACACUGAACAAAGAUAACAUGCUCAUGUUCUUUGGCUGUCGAUACAAAGACAAAGAUUUCCAUUGCAAAGAAGAAUUGGAAACAUAUGUACAGGAACAGAAACUAUCAUUGUACACUGCAUUCUCUAGGGAUCUAGAUAAGAAAGUAUAUGUACAGCAUAAGAUUAAAGAACAAAGUGAAUUGUUAUGGCACCUCGUCAAAAACAGAGACGCUUAUAUUUAUAUAUCUGGCAACGCAAAGAAUAUGCCUGAUAAUGUGAAGGAAGCUUUCGUAGAAAUAUUCAAUGAAAUUGGAGGGCUGACCAGCGAACAAGCCAAGGAUAUGCUUCACAAUUUAGAAAACACUGGAAGGUUGCAAGUUGAAGCUUGGUAG